CAAUACUACAACUUUGCAAGUCGAAAUUCAUAUUCGUUCAUGUUUUUACUACAACAACAAUAACAACAACAACAAAUACUACACCAACCGAUUCACAAUGACUGAAUCAAAGUCUUUAGUAGAGGAUUUCUCCCCAUUGCAAAUAUUGAUUCCUCCUCUACCCUCGUUUUCUGCUAAGACGACCCAUUACCUUUACAUACGAAGAAAUACACCUAGAAUACCGACUCCUGAUGACUCUCGAAGUCUCUUCAUUGCCAAUAUUCCUACCGAUAGCACGGAACUCCACUUUCGCGCCUUAUUCUCCCGCCUAGUGGGAGCAGGAAAAUUCGAGAGCAUCGCCUUCACACAAGGCAAGAAACAAUCUGAAUCCACCCACGAACCCGCCCAAGCGCUACGUUUAGCAGCGCAUAAGAAGCGCAAGAGAGCCGACGAGGAAUCGCGGUAUGAGAGAGACGAAGCCGCUGCUGAAUUGCCGCCCACGUGGUCAAGACAACUGUACCAUAGUGGUAGCUGUGCUAUAGCCCUGUUUGCCGACGAGAAGAGCGUUGAUCUGGUCCUCAAAGCUACCAAGAAGCUGAAGAAGCCAAAAGAUUUUCCGGUCUGGGGCGAUGGUGUUGGCGACAAGGUCCCACCUCUGGGUUCACAAUGGCUAAAAGCACACAAUACGAUGACGUACCCCGGCAAUGAUAUUGUCCAAGCUACGAUGGACAUCUACUUCACCGUCUUUAACCGAAAGGAGAAGGAGGCGGAGCAACUCGCUAAGAGGCUACGCAACGAACCGGACGAAGAUGGAUUUGUGACGGUCACGAGAGGUGGCCGGGCUGCUCCCGCUAGAAGGGACGAGGCAGAAGAAGCGAAGCAGAAGAUGCUGGAGAAGCAACAAAAGAAGAAGGACGAUAUGACAGACUUUUACCGAUUCCAAAUGCGCGAGAAGAGGAAGGCUGAACAGAUCGAGACAUUGAAAAAGUUUGAGGAAGACAAGAAGAGGGUCCAAGCUAUGAAAGAGAAAAGAGGAAAAUUUAGGCCUGAGACUUGAGAAGGUCCAAUCAUCGUUGAUGUCAGCAAUCACGAGAUGAAGCCAAACGGGUGAUUAAUCCUGGGCCGAGUUUGCCCUUCGCCUCCAAAGUGGGCUCCGCUUUGUCUCACCCAUCAUCUUCUUAAGUUCGACUUAGAAUACACGUCGGAUAACGGAACGCCACUAAGGGAACGAAGAGACAUUGUGUACGUGUGACGAUUAUAUAAAAUCGACAUGACGGUUCAGCUAGGCAAUGAUUUGAUGUGGCCACACUACGAUUAUGGACUGCUCAACCAACAUCUUCAAGCCUUGGGCGUUGAAUUAUGCGCUAGUUCAGCUUGUAAUGAUUAUAUUACUUAAUGGGAUUAGUCCCUUUCAUCUGAAGUGCUCUGAACUUCUCCGAAUAUGACGUUCCACGACAGCUUUUCUCCUACAUGUGGCGUUUCUGCCUGAACCUUGGUUAGAGACAUUUGACACUGUAGCAUUGAAAUCCUUAUUAAGAUAAACAAGUUCAACAAGUACUUGGG